CAGCAGAGAUGGCAGAAGAACCUCCAGCAGCUCCCCCGGCGGUCAAAGCCCCGAAGGCCGUGAAGGCCGCUAAGGCGGUGAAGGCUGUGAAGGCCGUGAAGGCAGUGAAGGCCCCCAAAUCACCGAAGAAGAAGGCGGCCCGCCCCGCUAAAGUGGCACAACCCCUCCAGAAGCUGGUUAUCGCCGCGGUGACCAACUCUGACGCCCGGAAAGGGAUCUCUCUGCCCGGCAUCAAGAAGGCGCUGGGCGCCGAUGGCAUCGACGUGGCCAAGGCCAGGGGUCGCAUCAUCAGCGCGGUGAACAAGCUGGUGGCUGACGGGUCUCUGACCCAGGCUACCGGGUCAGGGGCCUCCGGCUCCUUCAAGCUCACCAAGACGGCGCCCAAAACCGCCAAACCGGCGAAGAAAGUGGCGAAGAAGAGCAUCAAAGCCGCCGUUAAACCCGCUGCCAAGACGCCCGUGAAGACGGUUAAGACAGCGGCGAAGAAGUCUCCAAAGAAGGCCGUCAAGAAGCCGGCAGCGAAGCCGGCUACCCCUAAGAAGACGACCCCCAAAAAAGUGACCCCGAAAAAGGUCACCAAGCCCGCAAAGAAGGCACCCGCGAAGAAGAAGGCUCCGGCCAAGAGAGCUGCAGCGAGGAAGUGAAGCGGCCCUUCCAGCAGCACUAGUGCACCAAACGGCUCUUUUAAGAGCCACACACAUUCAAAAAGAGCUUCUUCCUGUUAUUAUGGUCUGAUUUAGUUAAACAUAACGAGUCAUUAGUUAUUUAUUUAAACAGGUUCUAAAACUCUUAAUAACUGCGUAUGCUGUCUUCAUUACCGGAAAUUCAGACUAGUUUAUUGCAUUCAUUUUACAGUAAUGCCAUCAAAACGAAUUAAAAUUAUAUUUACACUUUAUGACAGAAAACAGACGGCAGCUUGUUACAGUACUAAAUAGACAAGAUGUAAUAAUCCAGUUGUAUAUUAUGAGUAAAACAUAAAGAUGUUUUAUUUCUCUACCAGUGACACAUUUAAUUAUGUAAGUAAUAAUAACCGACAAAAUAAAAAAAUGGAAGUAUAACCAACUCUUGACCAGCGCUUUGCUGAUCUAUUAUGAAUCUGUUGAUCAUAAUGUACACAAUAAAUGCUGUUUGUUAGCAUUCAAGUAAACUACCGUUAAAAAUAGAUAGAUAGAUAUAUACUUUAUUAAUCCCCACAGGGAAAUUUGUUUAUAAAUAAAAACAAUCAUGAAACACUGACAGUUAUAUUAUUAAAUCCAGCUUCCAUUCAUUCUCUACGGGACCUCAACACAUUAAUAUAUAAAUCAAUUAAUGGAACUGUGUUAUAAAAAAAAGAAAAUAUAUAUUAAUUGUUUUGAUCAUCAACAAUAUUGAAACUGAGCCUGUCUGAACGUUCAUUCAUUCGGUUAUCCAGCAGCUGUGUGAGCGGUUUACUUUGUAUUCAUUUGGUCCAAUAGCA